AUGUUCGCCCCGAUCCUUGCCCUCCUCUCCGGCGUCGCCCUCGCCAACGCCUACGGACUCAAGUCGGCCUCGACUUCGCCCUACGGCCAGUCGUCCGGAAAUUGGGAGCUCCAGAAGACUGCCUACGGCGCCCUCCUCGUCGGCGGCAAGGACGUGCCGCUCACGACCUCCGUCACCAUCGAGGGCGGCCAGCUCAAGCUGGUGUGUCCGCAGCAGGCGUCGGCGGCGCUCGUGCGCACUGGGUCGGAUGAUCCCAAGUAUACGGUGCAGUUCGUCAGCAAGACGGAUGACCUGCCGAAGGGGAGCAUCUUUACGGGGUGGACGACGCAGAGUGAUGGGGUUUCGUUGCCGGAUGAGUUGACCAAGGUCGUCAACACAGAGGUCGGAUUGGAUGGUACCUACAACCUCGCGACGGUCGAUGGCGCCAACGCCCUGACGUGGUCCAACAAGGGACCUUCCAACGGCGUCCAGUGGUUCCUGGCCAUUGACGAGGCCAAUGACGUUCACUGCUAA